AUGUAUUGCACUCUUGCUGUGAACCGGCGUAAAUUUAACAUUCCCUCCCCCGGUACUGGAGCGAAACGUGUUGUGAUGGAGAAGGCCAUGGAUGCACGCCUGCGUAAUGUGGAUUGCAUAGCCACAGUGGGCGACCUGUGGCACAACAUUCGCGACCAGGUGACAGCUGCUGCCGUGGAGACCAUCGGGCGCGCAAACUGUAAGCGUCCUGAUUGGUUUGAUGAGAACAAUGCGACGAUUGGCGCAUUGGUGUCAGAGAAUAAUGUGGCAUUUGCUGCGCAUGUCGCAGACCCCAGUGACUUAGGGAAGAAUAGUCAGUUUCACAAACUACGACGGCGACUGACACCAGAGCUCCGUCGCGUAAAAAUUGCAUGA